AUCAUUUUUUAAUGCGAUCUCUGCUCUGUUUGGCGCGUAUAUAAACCACCAAAACUAGAAAGAAGUAAGAAAAUAAAGAUCAACAAAAACCAUCGUCUUUGAAGAGAGAGAGAUCUAUAGAGAGAGAAACUGAAAAAAUCAAUAGAAACAAAAACCAAACACUGUGUUGUGUGAGAGUGAAAGAAAUAAAUUAAAAUACAGAAAGAGGGAGGAAAAAAAAAAGCAGUCUCUCUCACUACUUUCUCUGUCUAGAAAGCCCAUUUGAUCGAAGUCUCAUUCUGCUAACUGUUGGAUUUCUGUCUUUUAAAAGGGAAAAAAAAGAUUUACCGUCCGGUUCCGCGAAUUUCGGGAUGGACCGGUACGGUCGGACACAAGAGGGCUCGCAGUCCGAUCCGUCACCGGAAUGGACAGGGCCCGGACCUGAAACCGUUCUUGAAGAGGGUGAUUGGCAACUGGGAUUAGGAGAAGUAGAACCCGGGUACCCUGAAAGACCUGAAGAAGCCGAUUGUAUUUAUUAUUUAAGGACGGGGUUUUGCGGGUACGGGUCGAGGUGUCGGUUCAACCACCCGCGUGACCGUGGCGCGGUGUUGGGUGCUGCAAGAGCUGGUGCUGCUGAGUUUCCAGAGCGAGUUGGCCAGCCUGUAUGCCAGUAUUAUAUGCGCACAGGGACAUGCAAAUUUGGUGCUUCCUGCAAGUACCACCACCCUAAACAGGGAGGUGGUUCUGCUAAUCCUGUAUCACUAAAUUAUUAUGGUUAUCCAUUACGGCCGGGUGAGAAAGAAUGUACAUAUUAUGUAAAAACAGGGCAAUGUAAAUUUGGUGUAACAUGUAAAUUUCAUCAUCCUCAACCAGCUAAUUUGCAAAUUCAAGCACAAUCACCAGCUCUGCAAGUUGCACCUGUGCCUGCUCCAGUGCCUGCUUCUGCAUUAUAUCCCAAUGUGCAGUCUCCAUCUGUUCCUUCUACUCAACAGUAUGGGUUAGUAGUUGCGAGGCCUCCUCUGCUGCCAGGCUCAUAUGUACAAGGUCCAUAUGGUCCAAUGCUAGUUUCCCCUGGUGUAGUUCCCUAUCCAAGUUGGAGUCCCUAUCCGGGACCUAUAAGUCCUGUUGCAUCUCCUAGUACUCAGCUGGGAGUUGGAUCGGGUGUAUAUGGAAUAACCCAGCUAUCUCCUUCAGCACCCGCUUAUACAGGAGGUUAUCAAGCCAUGCCUUCAAGCAGCAAUCAGAAGGAACAACCAUCAUUUCCAGAGAGACCUGGUCAACCAGAAUGCCAGUAUUACAUGAAAACUGGCGACUGUAAAUUUGGAUCGUCAUGUAAAUAUCAUCAUCCACCAGAAUUGAUUGCACCAAAAACAAAUGUUGUUCUUAGCCCCAUGGGUCUUCCACUACGACCAGGUGCACCACAUUGUACUCACUAUACGCAACGGGGACAGUGCAAGUUUGGACCUGCAUGCAAAUUUGAUCAUCCAAUGGGAUCAUUGAGUUACAGUCCAUCUGCAUCUUCUCUGUCUGAUAUGCCUGUUGCACCUUACCCUGUGGGCUCUUCAAUGGGUACUCUAGCCCCAUCAUCCUCAUCAUCUGAAUUGCGGCCUGAACUUGUUUCAGGUUCAAGCAAGGACUCCAGUUCAACCAGGAUGUCUUCAUCAAUGAGCACAACUAGUGGAAUGGUGGGCUCGAUAUUUUCAAAGAGUGGCACUGUCCACCAUUCUGGUGCGCAACUGUCUAGCCAGAGUUCUGGCCUUUCAACUGGCAGCAGCAGCAGCAGCAGCACAAGCAUAGAGGCACACACCUCAAGCUAAGCAAAAGUAUCAAACAACAUUUUGAUCAAAUUGAAGAGACAAGCUUUUUUUCUCCCUUUCCUUUUAUUUUCCUUUCAAUCCUUCAAAUAGGAUGCUUCAUUUCUCAAUCAUGAUGAUUCCACAAUUCAGGUCUAGAACACGGUAGGUCCGAUAAUUUGUGUUAAUAUAAUCUCGUGGCCAUCUCUUUUGUCUUGAAUAAGCCAUGGCCAACAUCAAAUUGUUCAGCAACCCCCAUAUAGCCACCACCUUUCUUUAGAAUAACCAACAAAGUUCUGCAGUUCCCUUUGGCAAAUCUGCACAUGCACCGAUGUCUCAGGUUUCAGGAGUUUGUUGUGUUUAUUUAUGCUCCAGUCCUUUUCAAACUGAAAAAGAUCAGUCCUAUAGCAUUCUUCUUUUUGAAAUCAGCUGCCUCGUAUCCAACUUUUGAUAAUUUCUUUUAUAGUUGGGAACAGGUUUCCAAUUUGUCUAGACAGGAAUUUGAAGGUUUCCUUGUUCCCCCUCUUUUUGUUUGGGGUUUACUGUGAAAAAGGAGAAGUAAUUACAGAGACUCAAAAAGGAGGCAUCCAAAUGCUACCUUACAUGUGAUUAGGUACAUAGUUAUGUUGUGACAGCUGAAAUGCUUGAUAAUUGUUAGUUAUAAAAUUAUUAUGGAAUACAAAGAUAUCAAGAAUCUCUCGACUGUAAUAAUCUUUCCUCUUGCAUUC